UAACAGUAUCAGUAAAGUCUGCAGAAGUAAACAUUCCCUACACUGGCAGGCAUUUAAUAAGUUUUAGCUUCUGUUAAAAUGUGAUUCUGUCUUAAAAAUUUGCUCCAUCCGAUCAAGCACACUCUGAUUAUCAAUUAUAUAUUUCAUGCGUGGAACAAGUUUGCUUUCUCAUGUUCUCAACAAUUACGAAUAGUGACUACGACCAGUGAUUAGUAACCUCAUGGUCCCUGGUAUUGCCUGUCCUGUUCUGUCCCCAAGAUGCCCCAAGCCCCAUGUGUCAUAUCAUCAUGCAAUCAUUGCAAUCAUCGUAAGAGACCACUUUGAACCAACCGCGGUUAUUAGCUCGAACUAGGAAAUUUUACAUGUUGUUUAAUUCUCAACCAGAGGUGAAAGAAUCGAAGACGGCGUCAUAGGCAGCAUGGCAGCUAGAGGGACAGCUAUCCAUUGGAUUCGCAAGGGCAUGAGGUUGCAUGAUAAUCCAGCUCUCAUUGCCGCAAUCGAAAGCCAGAAAAAUGUUGGAGAGAUUUGUAUUCUUCGCCCUGUGUAUAUUCUUGACCCAUAUUUCCGAAAAUACAUGAGAGUUAGCCCCAACAGAUGGCGAUUUCUUCAGCAAGCCCUGGAAGACUUGGAUAAAAGUUUUCGUGCGAUUGGCACCAGGCUGUACGUUCUCCACGGGAAACCAGAGGAAAUUUUUCCUGAACUCUUGAAAGAGUGGAAUGUGAAGUUACUAACCUUUGAAUCUGACAUAGAACCUUAUGCAUGUAAACGAGAUUCAUCAGUGAUGUCUAUUGCUAAAAAGUUUGGUGUCAAAGUUCUUCAAUCAGUUUCACACACUUUAUACAACCCAGAAAUAAUAAUAAAAAAAAAUUUGGGAAAAGCACCAUUAACAUAUCAGAAAUUUACUACCGUCGUCGACUCAAUUGGACUCCCUCCAAAACCAGUGGAUGCUCCGAAUGCCUUACCAAAAGAAGCCCAACCUGAAGAUUUAGCUGCAGCUAAAUAUAAUGUCCCUACUCUUGCCGAGUUUGGGCUUGAUGUUAAGUCUUUGCAUCCGACAAAAUUUCCGGGUGGCGAAACAGAGGGUCUCGCUAGAUUGGCAGAAAAAUUAAGUGAUAAGGCGUGGGUGUGCAAAUUCGAAAAACCUAAUACCUCUCCGAACAGCCUGGAGCCAAGUACAACUGUUCUUAGUCCAUACCUCAAAUUCGGUUGUGUUUCAGCCAGGCUUUUUUACUACAAAGUUAAAGAUGUUAUUUCUAAAGCACCGCAUUCAAAGCCACCAACCUCACUCAUCGGCCAACUUUUUUGGAGGGAGUUUUACUACACCGUCGCAUCAGUCACUCCAAAUUUUCACAAAAUGGAAGGCAAUCCUGUUUGUUGUCAAGUGCCUUGGGACUCCAAUUCCGAACAUCUAGAUGCAUGGGCCUUUGGUCGCACUGGAUAUCCUUUUAUUGAUGCAAUCAUGCGGCAACUACGACAAGAAGGUUGGAUUCAUCAUUUGGCUAGGCAUGCUGUAGCUUGCUUUCUCACAAGAGGAGACUUGUGGAUUUCAUGGGAAGAAGGCCAAGGGGUUUUUGAAGAACUGCUGCUUGAUGCAGACUGGGCAUUAAACGCUGGAAAUUGGAUGUGGCUUUCGGCGUCAGCCUUCUUCCAUCAGUUUUUUAGAGUGUACAGUCCAGUUGCAUUUGGAAAGAAAACGGACAAAUUCGGCGAUUACAUCAAAAAAUAUGUCCCUGAACUCGGUAAAUACCCUUCUGAAUACAUUUAUGAGCCCUGGAACGCUCCAAAAUCAUUGCAGGAACGAGCAGGUUGUGUCAUUGGAGUUGAUUACCCUAAAAGAAUAGUUAUCCAUGAAAAUGUCUACAAGAACAAUAUUCAACGAAUGUCCUUGGCUUACAAGAACAAUAAACAAAAUACAGAAACGACAAACUCCAACCCAGCAGGGUCUAGUAAGUCUAAGACAGGUAAAGGUGGAUCCACCAAGAGGAAACCAGAGGCUGAAGUUGCUGCUAGCGGUAUAAAAAAGUUCCUGAAAAAAAACUGAACAGUUUGGAAAUAAUUGUAAAUGGUAAUUGUAAGUGUUAAUGCUCAAUUCAACAUUAUCCGGUAAGCUGCUGCCGUUUUAAAUGAAUCAAUUUCAUACUCCAAGUUUCUUGUUCAUGAGCUUCACCUGUUACACUACAUAUGUUCAUUUCUGUUGUGAGGUUCACUUAUUAAUUAUUAUUUUUUCAUUUCUCAACUAUAUGGAAUUGCACUGUAUACUUAGAAUUGUAAUAAUUGUAUACUUGUAUUUUUCCUUUUCACAAGAUAUAAACCUGAGCUAUAAGAUACAACUGGAAAACGUUCACACCCGCACAACACACAUACCCUCAUCAUACAUGUAGAAUCACAGGCCAUAAACUGACUUGUACAAAUGAUUUGACAUCCUGGGGGUUCUAAAGCAUCCGUCCACUAUCUUUUUCUCAAAAACGGUCGAGAAUUGAACUUCAGUCAUGUAAUGAGUAAUAUUGUGCAAGUAGAUGCAUGGUGACCUCUAGUUAAGAUGGCGUAAGUAAGUUGAAACCCUAAAUUUUGGAGAUCCACGGUGGUGUACUUUAGCCAUCCAUAUGUUCAUCACUAAAACUAAGCACAAAAAUUAGUUUUCUUUCCAUGAACUCUAAAAUAUUUUAGAUUUCAAAUGUAACUUGUACUUUUUUAUAAAAACUGUGUGUAUAUGCUGUAAGAUAUACUGUAAAAUAUGUUCCUUAUUGUUACACUUUAUAAAAUUUUCACAAGUGUUAAUCAAGCAAUAAACCAUUUUUACUUUUUCA